AUGGAUGUUCCCAUCCCUGCACGUGCUGUGCCGAAAUCGAUGGAUCUUAAACAGGGUCUGAUACUACUAGAUAGAGAUCUGAUAAAGUUUACUCCUGCAGAGCGCUAUGGAUUUUUGGUCUUUAUAUUAUUGCUGAUGGCGAUUUCAAUUAUCGGAAACGUCGCAACUAUAUUUUUUAAUAUAAUUCAAAAAAAGAGACCAAUGUAUCAAGCUUGUCUUCUAUCUUUGGCCGUUAGCGAUUUAUUGACCGCAGUGUUUAGCGGAGCGGGAUAUAUCAAUAGGCUGUCUAAAGACAUGACAUUAUUAUGGGAUUUGGGAGAGCUGAUGUGUUCGCUGAUACCGUUCGCUUCGGUGUGCGCGAUUUUAGCGAGCAGCGUGACCCUCACCGCCAUCGCCUUAGACCGAUACCAGGCGAUCGUGCGGGCGCUCAAAGACAACUGGGAACCAGGCGGCUGUUUUAGUGCUGCUUCAGUUAUCAUUGUCUGGAGUCUUGCAGCAGGUGUUUCUAGUCCAAUGUGGACAUCAUCGGCCUACUUAGAAACUCAUGUGAUUAUAACCGAUCCCAACAAUGCUACUAUUGGACUCGGAUGUAUUCUUGGAGCUUUUUGUUCCAGCGAUUUAGAAAUGAAGAAAGCAAACAUGAUCUUUUUUACAAUAGUGUUCUGCGUCAUUUUUCUUCCACUUUUAGCCGUUUUCCUUUGGCUUUAUAUAGUUGUAGCACGCGAGGUUUGGGUUCGUAGAAAGCCGGUUUCUGCUAUAGCAUCAGCUAAUGAAACAAGUGCAGAUACUGAGACAUCUACCUUCAGCCGUCGCAAUUUGUCUGAAUCAGCCCAAAACACUGGUCCGCCUUCUCGAGCCGACGAAUGCUACGUGAACGCCCGCGGUCGAAAACACGCCAAAGACGUCCGGAUGGAACGCAAAGUGCGCACAUUCAAAGUAAUUCUUGUGCUGAUGGCCGUUUUUUUGUGCCGUUUGCCGACGUGGAUAUAUGUCAUAGUCAAACAUGACAUCAGAACAAAUAAUGAUUUUAUACUUCAGCAGAUUUUCAACGCCUUGAACCUAGUCAACAGCGCCUUAAAUCCUUUCCUGUAUACGUUCUUGGGCAGCACUCUGUCUUUCACAGCCAAAUGCAGAAAGUCAUGUAAACGUUUGUGGUCAAUGUGUUGCAAAAGCAAUAAAACUGAUGUGGAAAUAAUAGUAGCAGAAGGCAAGUAUGAUGUCAAGAAGAAUUCGCUGAUGGUGCCAAGAGGGCCUUAUGCUGAUGAAUGGAAGAAGAAAGGUAAUUAUUAUCCAGCUAAUGUCACUCAAGCAUCUAAUAAACCGAUGAUGACAUCUGGAGUAUAUUUGGGUAACGGUGUCAUAGAUGGUGAUUUGAACAGCAACAGUCACAUUUAG